UCAAUCCUUUCUCUCUCUAAAACUUUCUAAUUCUGAGUUUCCAACUAUUUUGGGGUUUUUGCACCCUCCUCUCCUAUAUCUUUCCUCUCGCUUAACAUGUUUUUCUCUCUGGCUUUCUUUCUCUCUCAUCCCUAAAUCAUUUCUCUGUGCACAGUGCAUCUCCUUCUCUGUAGCGGCGGUCCAACCCAUGAUGAACAGAAACGGAUCGGCUUCCCUUCUCUCUCCUUUCUUCUUCCCCUUUCUCUCUCUAAAACCAGAAGAAAUGCAUGGACAAGGGGGUGGUUUUUCAGAGGAGUUGAAAGAACCCCAUCAGCCCAUUGCUCAACCAAAUAGCGGCGAGUUCCCGCUUCAAGGCAAAGGAAAGUGGAGUUCGUUUAUUUUUACCGGCGAACUGGAGGAGGAGGAGGAGGGUGUGAAAGCAAAUGAGAAUGAGGAACCAAUGGUUGCACCGAAUGGCAGCCCUGGUGCAAGGCCUCCUCUCCCACCAUGGUUGCUUUCCAUUCCAGAGAGAGAAACAAAUGGGAGGUGGACUAAACAGUACUACUCAUUUCCAGCGAGUAAGAGAAAGAGAAGCAGUGCAGAAACAAGCGAGGAAACGAUAGAAAUAAUAGACUUAGAUAAUGAAGAAAUAAGCAAAGAAGACAACAUAGAGAUAAAUAAUUUAGAAAUAAGAGAGAAAACCGAAGAUGGUCUUAUAGACCUUAACAAGGAAAUAAGUGCAUAUGUGAUAGACAUAGAAAGUGAUAGCCAUAGCUGUGAUUUGAAGCUGGAUGAGAGAGAAACUGAGAUGAGAAAGAAUGACAGCCAUGGUAGUGAUUUGAAGAUGGAGGAGAGAGAGAAUAAGGGGAAGAAUGAAUUCGAGUCCGGGGGUUUGAGGUGCAGCAGGAUGAAUGGUAAAACCUGGAGGUGCAAGCGAGAAGCGCUAUUGGGCUACGCUCUCUGCGAAUACCACCACGGUAAGGCGAGGAUGCGAAGCAUAAAUCAGAUAGUAUCACAGAAGAGAGGGAAGCCAGAGAAGAGUGAGAGUAACCGUGAGAAGUCACUGAAGAGAGAGAAAAUGGUAGGAAAACCAGAGAAGUCACUGAAGAGAGAGAAAAUGGUAGGAAAACCAGAGAAGUCACUGAAGAGAGAGAAGAAGAAGAAGUUAGGAGAGUUAGUGAAGAAGAAAGGAAAAUCGCAGGAGAGAGAGAAGUCUGAAGAAAUAAAGAAGAGAGAGAAACUAGAGAGAGAAAAGAAUCAGAGGAAGAAGAAGAAGGAGAAGUCAAUCAAGAGUCUCUUUGAUGAAACUUAUGUCACAAUAACCCAACUCAGGUUCUGAUACAUGAAAUCACACUCGUUUUGGGCCUCAAAAAUUCUCGGGUUGGUGGGGGCAAGUGAUGUUCGUCGUGUGCUUUAUUUAUUUAUUUCGUAUUUUUGUUUUUUAGAGAGGGAAAAUUGGGUGGUAGAAGUGGGAUUUGGACUUCUAGGAUCCGAACCGUCCAAAUUUUGUUUCAUUUUCCGUGCUUGGUUCAUCAAUAAGACUAUAACUCAAUUUGAAUUCUAUUUAUCGAUA